GGUAAGUGUGGCUUGCCCUUCCUUUGUUUUGAGCUGUUCCUAGAUGGCGAAGGGCAAGAAGAAGGAGCGUAGACCUCCACCCCCACCCCCCCGAACAAGAAAGAGUUGCGUAACUUUCUUCGUGAUAUGGAGGGUGAGUCUGGGGCUGGAGGUGAGACUGUGGAUUGUGUUGAGAAUGUGGAUAAGAUUCCGGUUAUGACUGAGGAGGAUUUCACCCCGUGUUCUAACACUGGUGAUGUGACUGUGGAAGAAGACGAUGACUCUGAAUCCCAGACUCCUUCUCUGGAUGAGGAAAGGUUUGAGCAAGAACUGCAGAAGGAUAAGCCUGGCACCAGCAUUGGAGAUACUCCAGUAGUUAAACCAGUAGCUAUUCCUGAAGCUCCUGAAACUGUUGAAUCUAUUGGGAAGGAAAGCUGUGAGAAUGAAACUGGAGACAAUGAUGGCAAUGCACCUGGUAACAAAGUGGAUACACCUGCUGAGAAGAAAAGCUUUGCUUCACUCUUUGAAAAGAACAGGUCUGAGGAUAAAGGUAUGAAACUCCACCAGGUGGAAAUGACUGGGGAUGAGGAGGUGUUUAUCCAACCUGAGGAUGUGACCCCAAUGGAGGAAUUAUGGGGACCUUGCUUGGUUGGCUGUUUUUCUGACAGGUUCCCUGGGCUGGCACCCAUUCAAACAUUGGUGGAGUCCUGGAAAGUACCUUGCCAAUUCCUCCCUCAUCAUAAGGGCUGGGUGGUCUUCAAGUUCCUGAACAAUGAAGAUAGAGACUCAGUCUUGCAUAGGGAUGACCACAGCAUCAACAACAAGAAGCUUUUACUCAACAUCCCACAGGAUGGAUUCAUGUGGAAUGCAAAAUCUUUCUCUACCAUGCCAGUUUGGGUGAAACUUAUGGAUGUUCCUAUGCAGUUUUGGGGUCCUAACAGCUUGUCAAAGAUUGCCUCAAAACUUGGAAGACCACUCUUCACAGAUGGUCUGACUAACAAGGUUGCCUCCAAACUUACUGUGGAGAAGGACCUAGAGGACAAUCUGGCCUACAAGAAACCCAAUUUCUGUAGAGUCCUCAUUCAUAUGGACCUCUCCAAACCUCCCCCUUCUUGUGUGAAGGUCAAUUUUGUUGGAGGCAGCUAUUCACAAGUUGUGGAGUAUGAGGAUCUCCCCCUCUACUGUUAUCACUGUGAGAAAUUUGGGCAUACUCCUUUUGACUGUGCUCAGCUUUUUGAAAUGGAAAGGAAGAAGGAACAUGAGGAACAGAGGGACAGGGAGAAGGCCAGAGUGGAAGUCCUGAAAACCACUCUCAGAACAGAUACUAGGGACAAACAGGAUGGCAAACAGGGGCAGGACAAAAAUCAUGGCAAACAAAAGGAGGGAUUGGAGCAUAUUGUUGCUAAGAAAGCCCCUGUUAACCCUGAUGAACCCUCACCUUCUUUCACUAGGAAGGAUGACAAUGAUGGAUUCACAUUGAAAACUUUUCACAUCACAUUUGUUUUUGCCUUAUACAAUGUAAGUGUGAGAAGGAACCUCUGGGACAGACUCACUGAUAUUGCUGGCAGAAUCAACACUCCCUGGGCUAUUAUGGGAGAUUUCAAUGCUGUUUUGGACUCUAGUGAGAGGGUUAACUGUCAUACCUAUGCUUAUGAUAUGACUGACCUCUUACAGUUUAGACUCAAUAAUGAUCUUCUUGAUGCUAAGGCUACUGGUAUGCAAUUCACUUGGAACAGAGGGAGCAAGUGGGCUAAGCUUGACAGGGUCUUGGUUAACUGUGAAUGGGACCUCCUUCAUUGGGACUGCUGGGCUGACUUUAAACCCAUGGAGUUCCAAUCUGAUCACUGCCCUGUGGUCUUGAACCUCAUUCACAACACUAACCUGGGACCAAAACCCUUCAAGUUUUUUAAUAUGUGGAUGCAACAUGAACUUUUUGACAGUGUGGUUAGACAGACUUGGGAUACCAGAAUCACUGGUACUAGACAAUUCAGAUUAUGCAGAAAACUCAAAUUGUUGAAACACCCUCUGAAACAGCUCAAUAAGAAGAAGUUUGGUCACAUUUCUACCAGAGCUGAGAAUGCAAGGAGCAGCUACACAGAAAUGAUGACCAGGCUUAUGACUGAUCCACAAAACUCAGCCCUCAUUGAACAAGCUGCCAGCCUUAGGAAAGAGGCAACCUUUUACAGUGAUGCUGAGAGAUCCUUUUUCUUACAGAAGGUGAAAUGCACUUUUAUCAAUGAGGGUGACAAAUGCACCAAGUUCUUCCAUGCUAUGAUGAAGAAACAGAAGGUGCUGAGAUCCAUCCCCUUCAUCAUCACUAGCCAAGGUUCCACCACAACAUCUUCUGAAGCCAUUGUUGAGGAAUUUAUUGGCCACUAUAGCAACAUUUUUGGUAACACUGUGCCCACAUCCCCUAUUGACUGGAAUGUUUUUAGGGAGGGACCCCUCGUGCCACAUCAUGAAAUCCAAAAUUUGAUCAAGCUUGUUGACAUAUCUGAGGUUAAAGAAGCACUGUUCAGCAUUGGGAAUGAGAAAUCACCUGGACCUGAUGGCUACACUGCUGCUUUCUUUAAACAGAAAUGGGAUAUAGUUGGAAAUAGUCUCUUUGAGGCUGUGGGGAACAAGGAUUCUGUUACUGUCCUGGCCAACACUAUCCAGAAUUUUUCUCAAGUAUCUGGCCUUUUUGUUAAUCCCCUCAAAUCCAACAUCUUUUUGGCUGGAGAAAUCAAGGACAACAAGUCUGAUCUCUUGUCCUUGGUUUCCUUCCCUGAGGGGAAACUUCCUGUCAGAUACUUGGGACUCCCUUUGACUUCUCAAAGAGCUUCAGAAAGAGACUUUGCCCCCCUUAUUGCCAAAGUGGAUGAGAAUAUCAGGAAAUGGAACACUAAGUCUCUAUCUUCUGCUGGCAGACUGGAAUUGAUCAGAACAAAUAAGGAAACCUUAUGGAUACAAUGGGUGUAUUCUGUCUACCUCCAGGGCAGUGACAUUUGGACCUGGAAUCCUUGCAAAAAGGAUUCACACUUCUUCAAGAAGAUUGCUGAGAUUAGGGACUCUCUUUUGCAAAAGUGUGGUGACAUAUUCAUGAUUGAAGACAAUUUGUGUGACAUGGGGGAUAUUAAAGCCACCAAGGUCUAUGAUCUUUUGAGGUCCAAGGGUAACAUUAGACCUUGGAUGAAAGCAAUUUGGAAGCCUUAUAUCCCUCCUAGAUAUUCCUUCACUUUUUGGCUUACCCUACGAGGAAGACUUCCCACAAAAAUGAAUCUCCAUUUCCUACAGCUGGAUAAUAGGAAUUGUGAGUUCUGCCAUACUGAGGAGGAAACUGCCCAGCACCUCUUCUUCCUUUGUGAGAAUACUGCUCUCAUUUGGGGAGCCAUCAGAAAUUGGCUUCAUAUUGCACCAGCCUUAUCCUCACUUGAGAGAGCCAUUGAAUGGGUUGGAAGACAGAGACACAGUCAUUGUGCUAAGAGGAAAAUGUGGAGACUGGCAAUCUUGUGCACUGUCUAUACCAUCUGGAGAAGCAGAAAUGGAUGCUACUUUGACCAUGAAGGAUUCAACACUGAUACUAUCAUUUACAAAAUCAAAGUGGGGGUAUAUAAGGAUGCCAGAUUGGGUGCUUCUCUCGUGAUUUGUGACAUCACGCCUGGUCUACUUGAGUUUACAUGGGCCAAUUGCCGUUGCCGUCUCUGUUCAGACACUGUUCACAGUGGGAUUUGCAGGUCUGGUUUCCUUCGAUUUGCAGCUGAUUUGAACCCCAAAUUUGAGGUAUUCGAGAUUCCAGCUUCAGGUUCUGCUGCUCCUUUCCUCUGGUUUGCUCUUCGUUUUUGGAGGACCAGCAAGAAAGGAAAUAAAAAGCACAAACACAUUACCAAGUUUGUGUUUGAUGGUACACCAGUGAGUGAAGCCAGGCUGAAGUCAAAUGCAGAAGCAACCACCAGUGGAGUUCCUGCUGCCCAGACCAGUGGAGCUGCUUCUGUCCAAACCAGUGGCGUUCAACCUGCUGCUGUUUUGGAGGAAAAUGACCAUGUUGGUGACAACAUACAAACCCCCAUUGUUUCUAAUCCUUCGAAGGAUGAUUGGAAGGAGAGGAAAUUACGAAAUGGCAAAGCUAAAGCUGACCAAGAUGGGAUUGGCGCUGGCUCUAACCAUGAUGUAGAACCCUCUAAACAGAUGGUUUCUUGUGAGGAAAAGGAUGGAAAGGCUUUGGGCAGUGGUAUGGAGUCUGAUUCUUCCCUUUGGACUGUGGACAUGGAUAAACUUCGGGAUUCACCCUCUAUCUACCCUAUUUUACCCAAGCCCUCAUAUAAGGAAUUGGCCUGUUCUAGUGGCCAAAACCGUGACCCUUCGGAGGGCUACCCUUUGAAGAAGGUUGAGGUGGGGGACGUGGUCAAAAUACCGGAAGAAGGGGUCUCGAAUCUUGAAGCUGAGUGGGGGUUCUGCCUCGUGGGCUGUUUCACAGGCCGGUUUCCGGGCAUCAAAGCCAUUGAGGGGUUGAUCUCGUCAUGGCAUUUACAGUGUAAACUCCUUCCCCACGAAAAGGGCUGGGUGAUCUUCCAGUUUUUGAGUGACGAAGACCGUAGGAAGGUUCUCUGUAAUGGGCCUUACGUCCUCUAUGGUAAGACCCUUUUACUACGCAUUCUUCCGGAAGUGUUUCGCUUUGAUUUUGAUGCUUUUAUGACGGUGGAUGUGUGGGUUAAAUAUGUUGAUGUGCCUUUGCAAUUGUGGAAUCCUGUUGCCUUCGAGUGCUUGGGGUCUAGACUGGGAACCCCCAUACGCACCGACGGAGGAACAAAAAAUAAGGGAAGGUUGAGCUAUUGUAGAAUGUUGAUUCGGAUUGACAUGUCUAAGGAGCUCCCUACAUCCUUUGUGGUUUCUCUCCCUGAUGGAGAAGAAUUUACUCAAAAGGUUGUGUACGAAGGCCUUCCAAAUUAUUGCUAUCAUUGUAAAAAGUUUGGACACAACCAAUUGAGCUGUAGGGUUCUCCGAGCCCUAAACCACAGAAAAUCUGGGAAUUAUUUUGACAAGCGUGACAGGAACACCUUUGGGAAGGCUGACUUGGUUAGGAAAGGGGCUGAUUCUGCCCUGGGUAUUCCAGCCCCUGCCAAACCGAGAAAAAGGAGGAGAAGAGCUAAGCGUAAGUUGGGACGUGGACCUAAGGCCUUGGGCAGUCAUGCCAUGCCCACCCCCACUGCGUUGCCUUCCUCAAAGGACACCAUGAAGACGGCCAGGACUGAGGGCAAUGGCGCAGAACCUGCUGCCAAAACCGUGAACCAUGAUGGGCAAGGUGAUGUAUGCUCUUCCACCACCAUUCCGAAGGAUUCUCUUGAUCCUAAUGGUGCAACAAAGUCUACGGCCAAGGCUACUAAGAAAGUAGCACAAACGGAUGCUAAAGGUUUGGGUGGUGGAGCUCCAGCUUCAAACCAAAAUCUGCAGCAACCUAAGGAAAAGAAGAGCUUGAGUGGAAAACAGCCCGACACUGUGGGCGAUGAUGACCAGCUCGUUGGCACCUCCUCCACCCCUGCGCAAGUUGAGCAAGCUGUCCAAGCAAACUCCAAGGUAGGGGCGUCCAUCACAGAGAAGGGGAACAAGCCAACUGGAGCGGCCAAGAAGGCAGACCUGACCACCACAGAGAGCACACCACAAAAGGCACCAUGGCGAAUAAAGCUGGAUAAGCAAAAGGAAGAGUGGCUUGAUCGACUACUAGCCCAAGCAAUGGGGAGAGUGGACAGAUCAGAUCAUGGAUUACCUAAGCUUGGACCGGCCAAACUUCGGGAGAUCAUUGCCCGCAACCCUCCUUGUUUGAGGGAUGCCUAUGGAGCUCCGGUGGAUACUCUGGAGUUUAUGCAUUGGGAAAGAUCAAUGAAAAUGCUUGGACGAAUCAAAUAGUCUUGGCCUUAUCUCUUUUCUAGUGCUUGUUUGACAUGACUUGUCUUUGAUUUUUAGGGGUAUGCCCGAUGCAUUGGUUGUAUGUAUUGUACGUACUCUUUGUAUUGACUCUUGGAUAUUAAUAAUUUACAUUUUAUCCU